AUGCAAGAAGAAGAAUUAGAGCAAGGCACCAUCUUCGAAAAACUCAAACUACCUCACCAGUUUGUGACAGAAAAAGAUGGCUACAAACGCACAUACAUGUAUGUCGGGACAGUGCAUGCAGUAGAGGGCAACGAAUUCGAAGCGAAUGUCACCGACCUGAACAAAUUCUGCGAUCUCUUUCCUCACGGUUAUGCUGUUUCGAACGAAGAUUUCGAAAAUAUUACAGAAUUCAGAGAGAUACUACAUAAGGAACCAACCGAAAAAAGGCAACAACCACUACUACUACCACAACCACUACAACUACUCCUACGACAACAACUACCACAACCCCAACCACGACUACAGCGACAACAACUCCUACCACCACUACAACGACAACGAGUACCACUACCGCAACUCCAACAACAACUACAAAUGCGACUAAAUCUGAAAAAACAGAGUCUCCCGAUCAAAUGGGUGCAACCUCUACAACGACUGCAACAACUCCAAGUACUAGUACUACGUUUGCAACUACACCUACAACAGCAACUACUACAACUACGCCCACGACAACAACUACUACAACUACACCUACGACAACAACUAUUACGACCACAACUCCGACGACAACCACUACAGCAGCGACAUCAACCACCACAACUACCACAACUACCACAACAACUACAACUACAACUACAACAACCACAAUUCGCAGAAAGACAGACGACGAUUGCGGCCGAGGAGCUCGUUAUAUCGAGGCGGAUGAUCGGUGUGAAUGCAAAAAUCCUGACACUGACGGCAAGAAACUGA